GAGGUUUUGGUGUAUAUACGCAAUUGAAUUCGGAUUUAUGCGGCAAAUUUGCAUUCUAAAAUCGUGUGCAAAGGAUUAUGAAUGUGCCAUUAGACUUGCUAGCGUCUGAAUGCAGGAUAAAUUCAUAUGUAAGUUUCUGGUUCGGAGAAAUUAUUCUGUAGGCUCGGAGAUAUCUUUGUGUGUGACGUAGUGAGGUCUGAGGUCAUGUCGUGGCUGAUGCGUAACACUGACUUAAAAAAAAGGGGUAGACGCGUUCACUUCCAGGCAAAAACUUAGAAAAUGACAGGCACGGAGAUUAGUCAAGCCUAAACUAUGGUGCAUACACAUUUACUAGAAGAUAUAAAAAGGACCAAUGCUUUACUAAGAAAUAUAGCUAAUCAAUCAAGCCAAGUUGAAAAAUUGGUGCUUUUGCAAUGGCAGUGGCUCUUUUUGUAGAGAUGCUUUUUUUCUCCUGUUUGUUUUUGCUACCAAUUUCUGUGAUUUCCCAAAAUAAUGGAAGAGUAGCAGUUGGGAGUUCUCUAACUGCAACUACAGGCGACUCCUCAUCAUGGCUUUCUCCAUCCGGUGAUUUCGCGUUUGGAUUUUCGCCCCUCGGAAACAAUGAUCAUUUCUUGCUUUCGAUAUGGUAUGCGAAAAUCCCAGUCAAAACCGUAGUUUGGUAUGCAUAUGCAUAUGACGGUAACAACCCCAUGGUUGCACCUAGGGGAUCAGUUCUGAACUUGACUGACAACAGUGGACUAGUUCUUAACAAUCCUCAGGGUGAAGAGAUAUGGAAAUCCAAAAUAACCUCCGGCAUUGUUGCGAACGGGGUCAUGAAUGACACCGGAAACUUUGUCCUUCAAGACGAAAACUCGGGGAGCUUGUGGGGGACCUUCAACCAUCCUACAGACACCGUUUUGCCUGGACAGACAAUUGAGAGAAAUGGGACGCUUUCGUGUAGACAAUCGGAGACUAACUACACAAAAGGGCGGUUCCAGCUGCUCUUGCAAGGUGAUGGAAACCUCAUGCUCAGAACCGUCAACUUGACAACAGGUAAUGCCAACCCUCCUUACUUCCACACGGACACCACCGCAGGGAAAGUGCCAGGUAGUGAAGGCAAACAAUUGGUGUUCAGCAGCUCAGGGGACAUGUUUGUUCUGAGAGAAAAUGAUGGAAGAGUCCCUCUUACGAGGACAGAGGGAGUGUCGGUGAGGGACAACUACAUAAGGGCAACUCUUGAUUUUGAUGGGAUUUUCGCUUUAUAUUCUCACCCGAAAAACUUCACUGGAAAUGCAAGCUGGAUUAGUCCUCUGGUGUAUAUGCCGGAUGAUAUUUGCCUAAAACUGGGCGUUGGUGUUUGCGGUUACAACAGUAUCUGUACGCUCAAACCAGAUAAAAGGCCAAACUGCGAAUGCUCAAAAGGGUUUUCUUUUCUUGAUCCGAAGGAUAUAUACCGAGGCUGCAAACCCGAUUUGAGCCGGAAAUCUGUGACACGCGUGGAAUCAGUAUUAUUAGCAGAUAAAUGGUUUUGGAUUGGCAUUUCUAUAGCUGCUGCUCUAGUGCUUUGCACCGCGUACUAUCUACUCCGACGAAGAAGAUCAGCCCUUGCAUCAGCUGGUGAGAACCGGACAGAGAUUGAGAGCGAAAUGCUUAACUUCAUGAAAUCUAAUCGACCUACUGAUGAUGUUAAUGGUCUCCGAAAUGAUGGAAAGAUAGGACAUCAUGAUUUAAGCAUUUUUAGCUAUUCAACCAUCGUGGCUGCCACAAGCAACUUUGCUGAAGAAAACAAGCUAGGAGAAGGAGGGUUUGGACCGGUUUUUAAGGGGAAAUUGGCGAUGGGACAAGAAAUAGCUGUGAAGAGGCUUUCGAAAUGUUCAGGGCAAGGAACAUCAGAAUUCAAGAAUGAACUGAUACUUAUAUAUGAACUCCAACAUACAAACCUGGUUCAGCUUUUCGGAUUUUGCAUUCAUGGCGAAGAGAUGAUGUUGAUAUAUGAGUAUCUGCAGAACAAAAGUUUGGACCACUUUUUAUUUGAUCCAACCAGAGGUCGACUACUAGAUUGGAAGAAGCGUUUUAGCAUUCUCGAAGGAAUUGCUCAAGGGUUGCUUUACCUGCACAAAUACUCAAGAAAGAAAGUAAUUCAUAGAGAUUUAAAAGCUAGUAACAUACUACUUGAUGAAAACAUGAACCCAAAAAUUUCAGAUUUUGGUCUGGCAAGGAUUUUCACCCAAAAUGAAUUGGAAGCAAACACUAGCAAGAUUGUUGGGACACGUGGUUACAUGCCUCCAGAGUCCAUGGAGGGAAUUAUUUCUGUUAAGUCGGAUGUCUACAGUUUCGGGGUAUUGAUACUUGAAAUCAUAAGUGGAAGGAAAAACAACAGCUUCUACAAUGACGAUCGUGCGCUCAAUUUAGUAGGAUAUGCAUGGGAGUUAUGGAAAGAAGGUGCAGGGCUAGAAUUAAGGGAUCCAACAUUAGGAAAUUCGUUUAUUAAAGAGCAACUGUUAAGAUGCAUCCAUGUCGGUCUGCUUUGCGUGGAAGAAAAUGCAGCAGAUCGGCCUACCAUGUCUGAUGUCAUAUCUAUGUUGACAACUGAAAGCUUACCAUUAGCAUCACCAACAAAGCCAGCAUUUUUUGUUGGAAGGAGAACGGUGGAGGCUGGUAUAAGUGGGAAUCAGCAACUUGAAAUUGCUUCAGCAAACCACAUGUCCAUUUCUGAUUUUGAAGCACGUUAAUUAAAGAAGGGUAUGCAUCAACUGGAGUUGGCUGAUGGCUUUUGGCACCUUUCAAGAUACUUGAGAAGUUUUAGAAUUUAAUUUGCAGAGGGUGCUUGCUUCUGUAGUCCCUAUAUAAAA